AUGUUACAGCCAAAUGGAGAGAAAUGGAGGAUCCUGGUGCUGUUCGGAGCAGUGUCGUCGUUUACGAAUUUCCUGGUGAGUCAAGUUACAAACCUCUUGGUUCACUUACGGGAGAGGUGAAGUACCCCAAGUGUACUUCUCAGAUUUUGACGAAACUUGGCACAAAUUUAGAAUAAUUUUCUCCUUUUUCAGGAAGGAUAUUCAAGUUCGUCCCCGAACACUGCCGGCAAUAGUUUUCAACACUUUAUAAACGACUCGUACAUCAGUCGAGGAAUGCAGGGAGGCUUGACAGAAUGGCAAUUCACUUGGUUUUGGUCAUUCUUUUUGAAUAUUUGGUUUGUCGGAUACAUUAUUGGAACGUUUAUGACCCCUUUUUUUGCUGACACCUUUGGCAGGAAGAGUAAGUGACAGAUGAAAAACAGUUUUUUGGCUAUCAGUCUGUCGGGAAAAUAAUGACAAUGUCGUUGCGGCGAUCCUCGUCGCUGAUGUGAAAAGCAAUUUGACUUUUGCGCGAUACAAUUCAUUUUAGCGAUGCGAUUUUCGACGCGAAAGAGUGCUCAUUAUUUUCCCGACAGACUGAUAGACAUGAUUUCGUUGCAUGGUAGUUCGUUGUACAGGUCUCAUUGUAUUUUUUCCAGAAAGUCUGCUCUAUGCUAACACCGUUUCCCUAAUCUCAACGCUCAUUUCGACCAGCUCGAUUGCGGUCGCAAUGCCGGAAGUUCUGUUCAUCGGCCGAAUAAUCGCAGCAGCGGCAUCGGGCGUCUCGUUUGGUGCGCUGAUUUUGUUCCUACAAGAGACAACACCUACGAAUUUGCGAGGAAUGGCCAGCUUCUUGAGCGAAACCUCCUAUCUGGCGAUGAACGUGGUUGGAAUGGGGAUGGGAAUGGAGUCAGUGCUGGGGAAGCACUUGGUAUUACUACUGGGUAAGUGGAAUACGGAAAAGGAUAUGCAUUUUCUUCAAACUUUGCGAGUUUCCUCUAGUAAGACUACAGUGGCGGACCUGAUCCAGUGGCAAAAAACGUACUGUUUUGCAUCCUCCGUUUUGAAGAGAGUCUUUUCACUUGGAGAGGGAGGUAUUUUGCUAUAUUUUUGAUACUUCCCGGAUGCAAAAUGGCACGUUUUUUGCCACUGCAUCAGGUCCGCCACCUCAAAAAUCGCGGUUCAAAAUUGGCCUACUGGCCCUUAAAUUAAAGAAGAUUCCGUAAAAAUCAGUUCCUCAUCCCUACUUUUUCAGGUUUCGGAGUAAUCCCCGGGAUUCUCGGGAUUUUAAUCAUGAUCCCCCUGAAAGAAACCCCCAAAUAUCUGCUGAUUCAUCGACACGACCAAGACGCAGCAAUCUCUGCUAUAAAGUACUACCAAGGCAGCUACGUCAACUACAAGCUGAUGUUCAACGACAUGCUUAAAGAGAGCGCCAAAGGCUCGGUCGACAUGACAUUGCGGCAGGCUGCGGCCGAGGUUUUCCGACAAUCCGCGCUGCGAAAAGCCACUUGUAUUGGGAUUGUGGCGCUACAACUGUGUGUCGGGAUCUGGCCCAUCGACUACAUCUCGACGGACCUGCUGGAAGCGCAUUUCAGCGGCGCUACAGCGCAGAUCGUCUCGUUUAUUUUUAUAUGCGCGAAUUUCGUGGCAAGUCUAGUUGGGAUGUGCUUGAUUGAAAGGUUCGGCCGACGACCGCUGCUUCUCUGGUGUGGCGUUGCAAACACGUUGUGUUUGGCAGCUUACGUUAUGUUUGACAGGUUGGCGUUCUACGUGAGCAAGGAGUACAGCUAUGGAUGUGUUGCGGCGUUGAUUACCUAUGGAAUUACUUAUGGGUAAGUGGGAAUUCUAGAGUUAUACAAUUUUGUGGAGGAAAGGGCGCGCUCUUAAAAACGGUUUUUUUAGUUGGAGAGGGACACAUUUUGCUAUAUUUUUUGAUACUUCCCGAUGCAACAUGGUACGUUUUUCGCUACUGGACCAGGUCCGUCACUGUAGGCAUCUGUUACAACCCUUUUUUUCCACCUUUCCUGUGCCUGGGGUCGUUAGAUUUUGUGUUGACCCGAACUGUCCGCGACCCGAAAAGUCAAGACGCAAAAUUUUUGGCUCGCAUUUUGCAGAGAUCAUUGAGAUUUUUAACACAAAAUCUCGAUGAUAUCUGCAAAAUUCAGGUUAAAAUUUUCCUAAUUAGCCAGUUAUAGCCUAGUACAAGUUUUGCCAAUUUUUCGUCCAUCGCAAAUCACAACCUUUCAACCACUUUCCCCAGUAAAACACGUUCUUUUUUCAGCGCCGCACUAGGCCCAAUUGCCUUCUUCAUAACCGGAGAACUGGUCCCUCAACAGUUCCGAUCGCUCGUCCAGUCCCUCGUGUUCGCCGUGAACACCACCACCAACUUUGCUUUCUCCUUUGUUACCCUCCCAAUGUACCGCUGGAUCGACGUUUGGUCCUUCAUCCCACUUUUCAUCAUCCCCUCGACCUUCUCCUUGAUCUACCUGUACUUCCGGAUGCCGGAGACGAGAGGUCGCGAAAUUCACGACAUUGUCAAGUCAUUUGGGGCUGAAAAGCCCAAACUGGUGGUCACAAUGCAAGCGCCAAUCGUUCAGAAGCCAUUUGCAACGUCAAUUUCAGCGGCGGACCUAACACAAAAAGGUGGAUUUUUGGAAAAAUGUAAGGAGAUUUGUCGCAAAAUUUUGUAAGAUAUUCGUGGUAAAGUCUACCAUAUGCACUGUAAAAGUUUUGUUUAUCGACCUAGCAAUUUAGUUGAAAAGACAUCAAAAAACAUGUCAGUUAUACCUAAAGUAAUAUAAUUAGUUUCGAAUUUUUGAUUCAUCCACGCCCAAAAAGGUGAAACAAUAUCCCAACUGCCAAAAAAACUGAUUAAUCAUGUUUUCAGAAAUUUUACUACGUCAUGAUGACGGAUUUCUUGGAAUAUCUCAGAAUUUCGAGACUUCCAAUUUUUUCACAUUUUUCUCAACCUUUUUGGUAGUCAUAUACAAUAAUACCCUCCAAUUUUAGCCACACACCAUCACAAAGACGUCACCGACAUCAAUGUUCAACUAGACGAUGUUAGACUUGAGAUCAAGCCACUCAGUCGAAUGGUGAACUCCCAACGAAUGAGCAUCGGCUCAGUUGGCUCGGCAUCGGGCCGAAAGUUCAUGGCCGACAUGCGACUGGUCGCCAUGCUCGACUCGGACAGCGAUCCCUCAAUUACGGACAGCACGACAAACGGGUGAAACGACAAAUCUUUGAAAAAAACUUGUAUGAUAUGUGAUUAGAAAAACUGGUAAUAAUAGUAUUGAAUAAAAUCGAAUUACAUACGACUAAUUGGCAAGCGAUAUUACCGGUUUUCCCCGAUUUUCAACGGAUUUCGACAGUUUUCUUCUCAGCGGAACACUUGACCCAAAAAGCCUGAUGUGUCAAGUUUCUCACUUUUAUUCUUCUUUCCAGAAAAAAUAAUUUUUGCUCGUCUUUGACCGCAGAAUCCCGCGUGUUUUUCAUAUCAGUGGUAAGUGGGUCAAUUCCCCUUCGAUAUUCUUUGGUUUUAGUGUAUUUGGUCAGCAGAUAAUAUCGAAAAAUUGGGGAAAUACCUGAAUGUUGAAGGGAGAUUUGAUAAGAAGUUCAUUUCAGUGUUAUCAUGAGUGAAUGGGACCGAUUGUCCGAGAAACUUCGACAUCCCGAGAACCCAGUUGUCUUCUUUCAAAUGGCGGCAGGUGGUGGACCGAUUGGGACGAUAAAAAUGGAGCUCUUUGCUGAUGUGGUACCUAAAACCGCGGAGAAUUUCCGACAACUUUGUACGGGCGAAAUGAAACGAGAUGGAGUGCCUGUCGGCUACAAAAAUGCCCAGUUUCACAGGAUUGUCAAGGAUUUUAUGAUUCAAGGAGGAGAUUUUGUAAAUGUAAGCUUUUCCGAUAUUGUUCUUUGGUCUUUAGACGAAAAUUGAUGGGGUGAAUGUUUCAUUGGUCGAAUCACUGAGAAACCCGGAAUAGACGUUCGCUUCACGACGAAGUGGCUAUUUAGCAGCUUUUUUCGACGAAAAGAUGUCGAAAAUGAAUUGUUUUGGCAAAAGGUUUUUGUAGUAUGUGGCUAAUCUAACCCAUUACCAAUUUUUUUUCUAAUGAGCCGCAUUUGCAGGGAGAUGGCACUGGAAUGACGAGUAUCUACGGUCCUAAGUUUGCCGAUGAGAAUUUCGACCUGAAACACGACGAACCCGGGAUAUUAUCCAUGGCAAACGCCGGUCCCGACACAAACGGAUGCCAGUUCUUCAUUACCUGCGCGCCUUGCGCCUUUUUGGAUGGAAAACACGUUGUUUUUGGUCGAGUUCUUGAUGGAUUGUUGACAGUUCGGAAGAUUGAGAACGUUCCCACUGGGCAGAAUGGAAAACCGAAGAUUCCAGUUGUUAUAGAGCAGUGCGGGGAGCUCUAA